AUGUUCCGGGUCGCUGAACCUACCCCGACCCGAGCUCAGGCGGCGAGAAAGAGCUGGCAUUUCAGUAGGACUAUGGAGGAGCUGGUUCAUGAUCUGGUCUCAGCACUGGAAGAAAGUUCAGAGCAAGCCAGAGGAGGUUUUGCUGAUACUGGAGAUCAUUCUCGAAGCGUAUCUUGUCUUUUAAAACGACAGGCAAGAAAAAGGAGGGGACGAAAAAGACGUUCAUUUACCACUCAUCAUCCCUGGGAAACUGGUCACUGCUUAAGUGAAGGUUCUGAUUCGAGUUUAGAAGAGUCAAAUAAAGACUACAGGGAGAAUCAUGCUAAUAAGAAAGACCACAGUGACUCUGAUGACCAGUUGUUGGUUGCUAAACGUAGGCCUUCCUCAAACUUAAAUAACAUUAGAGGCAAGAGACCUCUGUGGCAUGACCCAGAUUUGGCUGUUGACAGUUUGGGAAACAGAACUUUGCGCAGGAGAAGAAAGGUAAAACGGAUGGCGAUAGAUCUGCCAUCAGAAGUCUCUAAUGCGCUGACAAUAACUCAACAGCAGGAUAACAGCAGAGAUCAAGAAAUGGACAAUAAUAAUAAAUCAUACCAACACCAAGAGUUCUCCAAGAGCAAAGUGAAAAAAAGAAAAGUAGCUGCAGCUCGACAAGGACCAGAAAUCUUGGAUGAAGGGGUGGUUAUAGAAAAUGAAGACGUGAACCAAGCAAAUAAGGACAAAAUGGAGUAUGAGGAGCAAAAAGGCUCAGAUGAGAACAUGAGUGACAGUGAAUCCAGCAGUCUGAGCAGCAGUGAUGCUGGUUUGUUUACCAAUGAUGAGGGAAGACAAGGUGAUGAUGAGCAGAGUGAUUGGUUUCAUGAAAAUGAAUCUGGUGGAGCAUGUGGAAUUACAGGGGUCAUUCCAUGGUGGGAACAAGAAGACUCUACAGAACUGGAAAAAGAAUUGCCUGAUCCAGUCUUUGAAAGUAUCUUAACUGGUACUUUCCCUCUUAUGUCCCACUCGGGGAGGAGAGGUUUCCAGAACAGAUUUAGUCAUCUUCAUGGAAUGCCAGCAAGAAACAUAAAAAAGGCUUCAGGAAACCAGAAUGCCUUGAUAACUCCAGGAGCAGGCGGUAGCAGGAAAACUGUUCACUUGUCCCAGGAUUCUCUUCACCAUGACCACUGGUUUAGCCCUGGGGCUAGGAAGGAGCACAGCCAGCUUCAACUCUUGCGUGACAACCGAUCAGAGAGAGGACACAAGAAGAACAGCUCUGUAAAAACAGCUAGCAGACAAACCAGCGUACAUUUAGGAUCGUUGUGCAUGGGAGACAUCAAACGGAGAAGGAAAGCUGCUCCCCUGCCAGGACCCACAGGGUUUGUAGGUGAAAACACCCAACCAAUCCCAGAAAACAACAUUGGGAACAGAAUGCUUCAGAGCAUGGGCUGGACCCCUGGCACUGGCCUCGGACCAGACGGCAAAGGGAUGGCAGAGCCAAUACGAGCCAUCCAGAGACCAAAAGGACUCGGACUUGGAUUUAGCUGA